GAACCUAUUAUCGUGAAUAUUUUGAUCUUUCUAUGGAUCUUAGAAAGUUGUGUUAUGGGCCUAAAGCGGUGAAUACCAUUGUGCCAAUUUGUUCGUGUUGGCUGUUUGACCAGCUGUUUCGUGUGACCAUGAAAUCAUUUUGAUUUUCGUGAAAGUCAUUGUCGAUUGAGGUUAAAAAUAGUUAUAAGUUCAUUUGAGUAAAGAUAUAUAAAGAAAGAGAAAGUUAUAAGUGCAAUUUGUCAGUGCACCUAAUUAAUAACAAUGGGUACGGGACAAAUACAACGUGAUAUAGAACAUAGCUUGACUUUAAUAGUAACAGGAAAACCAUUGGAGAUUGCUGAGGGAUGGGCCAAAUUAAAGAAGAUCGAAGGUAAUCAGGUAUACGAACAAGCUAAUAAUUGUGUUGAUAUAUUGAAACCAUUAUGGGACUGUGUUACAAAUGUUAACCAAAUACCUGGUAUUAUUUCUUGGUAUUGUAAAAACGUAAUAACGCAUAAUUCGAAUGUUAAUACGUUUGUUAGUGAUUUAACAAUGUUCUUGAAAAAUACAGACAUCAAGAAAGAAAUGGAAGAUUUAAGGAAGAUUCUUGAGCUAUUGAAAGAUUACGAUAUGUUUUUUUGUGAGUCUAAUAAUUAUGUAGAACUUGGAGAAGCAAUAGUGAUAAGUUUGGCCAAUCUCUCUCCACCGUAUCAACCAUUGAAAAAUGAUGAGUUUAAUGAAAAUGUUAUCAAGAUUCAGACUUUGUUGUGUGAAAUAUGUUCUAAAAAACAAGUACUUGUUCCUGUAUGCUUGAAAACAUUAUACAAAAUUAUAUCAGAUAAAGAUAAAAAGCAGGAACCAGCACUUGCAUUAGCAUCCGUAUUAAAAUUGAAUGAACCUUCAGAAGAAGCGGUUGAUUGGAUUUUUGAAUCUCAAUGCGAAGAUAAAUUAGUUCAGGCUUUAAGGGUCUUAUGUGCUUGGCUUCCAAAUUGGAAAGGAAAUAGCCUUGGUCGUUGGAUAAUGGAAUUUAUAUUUGGUUUAGAAAGAAGGAAAAAGGAUAAGAUACUUAUGGAAGUUCUAGAAACAAUGUUGAAAACAAUAUUUUCAAGUUCGUUAGAAUCAGUACAUCGUCACAAUGCUUCCAAAAUUAUAUUUCCUAUUUUAGAAAGACAAGGCUCAUUACGUUUAUUAAAAAUUGUUAUUAAUAUGAUAGAUCAGAUAUUAAUUAAUAUAGAUAAAUCUAAUAUAGAAUGUAUACAAGAUAUGACCGACAUUAAGAAGGCACUUAAGACAAAACUUACUCGUUCUAAAGAUCAUAUAUCUUCGCAAAUCAUUUUGCCUGUAAGAUCUCAAUCCAGUAUUGGCAAAGAAAUACUUAUCGGACCAACUUGGACUAAUGAAAGAGAAUUAGAUUCCUUUUUAGAAUCACCCAAAUCUAUUACCGGGAAAGUGGGUCUUUCUAAUCUUGGAAAUACAUGCUAUAUGAACAGUGUAUUACAAGCCUUAUUUAUGACAAGAGAAUUUUGUCACGAAGUAUUAAACUAUAAAUCUUUUAACGAUAAUGGCGAACAAGUUAUAUUGAAGAAACUGCAAGAUGUAUUUGCUCUUUUAUUAUACUCCAAUAGAAUUACUUUAUCGCCAAAUGAAAUGUGGAAUGCUUGUCGACCUGCUUCUUUUUUACCUGGUCAACAACAGGAUAGCUCGGAAUUUCUCUGUCAUUUGUUAGAUAUGUUACACGAACAAGAACGAUGUGCCACAAAUGAUUUAAUUAGCUAUCAAUGUAAAGUCGAUAUACAAGACAACGAUAAUUUGCCAAUAGAAGCAGCAGCAGUCAUUAAGCGUUGGACCACAGAAGAAAAUUUAACAGGGAAUACAAUUUUACAAAGAAAAACUCAAUCGUUAGCUGAUUUUACGCAAGGUGACGAGCUAACACAGACACAAAAUCUCUCCGAUUAUCAUUCGGAUUCAACAGACAGUGGAAUACAAUCUGUUGGAGGAGAGGAAAUAAGUAUACCAUCAUCUCUUGUACAUAGAGUGUUAGGCGGAGAAUCAAAAAUUACUUAUAAGUGCGCACGAUGCAAUACAUGUUCACACAACACAGAUAAAUUUCGUGAUCUUCAAUUGUGCUUCCCGGAAGAAUUAAAUGAAAAUCAAGAAGCCAUAUCUGUUCAAGAUCUAAUAGAUUAUUAUCUAGCACCAGAAAAAUUAACUGGCGAUAAUAAAUAUAGAUGCGACAAAUGUAGAAUAUUAUGCGAUGCCGAAAGAAUAAUUAAAAUUUUACAAGCACCGUCACAUUUAAUAUUAACGUUGAAACAUUUUAAUUACGAUUUUGAAACUAGAUUAAAAACUAAAUUAAAGCAUAAAGUUUUAUACAAUAACAUUAUACAAUUGCCAGUAUCAACUCAACCAAAUUCAAUAACUGAAACUUAUCAACUUUAUGCAGCUGUUGUACACUCCGGUUUCAGUAUGGAUUAUGGACAUUAUUUCACUUAUGCUUGUGAUUCUAAACAAAAUUGGUACAAAUUCAACGAUAGUUUUGUUUCUUGUACUACUUUAGAAGAUUUAAAAAAUUUAAGAUCACCAGAUACGCCUUACAUACUCUUUUAUGAGAAAUUAGGAUCGUCGUCCAAUGGAAUUUAUGAAGAUAAGAUCGAAUUAUCUAUGUUAAGUAAACAUAUACAAGAAUUAGUUGCUAAGGAUAGAAUUGCAUAUAUAGAAGAAUUAACACAUCAACCUGAAAAAUCUCAACAAAGUCGAUAUCCAAUUACGUUAUUUCGCCGAAGUGAUAAUUCUGAUGACGAGAAUCCUCCAUUUAGUAAUUGUCGUGGUCCAGUUAAUAUACAAACGAAUUCACGUCUUUGUUAAAUAAUAUUUCUUUUAGUUGUGAGAUUUAGAUUCAAAUUUCAUUUUAGCAUUAACGAAUUAAUAAUAAUGAAUUUAAUAUAUUCAUUAUUCAUUGUUCAUUCAUAUAUCAUAUUUAUGAUUAUAUCGAAAGUUGUAACGUAUUCAGUACUACCAUUUGCAUAAACAAAUCAUAAGUAUUUAAAUAUAUAUUUAUUAAAUU